AUGAUGCUGAGAUUCCGGCCUAUUGCGCCCAAGCCCGUAGCUAAUUCUUCGGGCUCGGGCUCUACACCGGAUCCUCACAAGGUAGAUGAUGUUGGCAAACGAAGAACAAAGAGAAAGUACGUUAGAGUUAAGAAAAAUAGCAAGUACAAGAAUAAAAAAGAAGAGAAAGAAAAAAGUGAUGGAUCUUUGGUUUUGGAUGACCAUCAAACUGUUGUAACGCUACAGCUACUACCAGAAAGUAGUGGAGGAGUUAAAAGCUCACCAGAUAAUAGAUCUUAUCCAAGAACCAUCAAUUUUUUGGUGCAAGAUAAUAAUAGCAAUACUUUAUCAAUCGGUGCACCGAAUCUGUCAGAUCGGACGUCGGAGAUGCGAUCUUCAAGGGUUGUGGAGUCGUGGGUGAUGGUCGAUGGUGUGUCCAAUACUUUGGUAGAUUUAUCAGCUUUAGGAAGUACGGAUAUGGAGAAGAUGAUGAGUCUGGAAGGUGACACGUGUCCAGGGUUUAUAACGGACGGUCUAGAUAGCGUGAAGUGGGUGAAUCCCGCAUAUCGGAGAAUGAUAGAUCCGAUAGAAGACGGAGGAGAGUUGCCGGAGAUGGUGGUAAGGUUAGUAGUGAAGGAGAGAAAAACUGUACCGUUAUUAUUAUUACCAGCUUUUGCAUGCACCGUGAGAGUUGUGUAUACAUGGAAUACGGUGAAGCAGACAAGGACAAUGCCUUGUGAUGUGUGGAAGAUGGACUUUGGGGGAUUUGCAUGGAGAUUUGAUGCUAACGCUGCCCUUAGCUUGGGCCGUUAA